GGAAGAGGGGAAGAGGCAGAAGGGGAGGACAGAAACAGUGGCGUGCGAGGUGCAAGAGGGCGGCGCCGUGAGGAAGGCCUGAAGAUCCUGCGGUGGGGCGGUACCAACAGAAAGCAUGAGUCUUGAGAAAGGCGAUAAGUUACCCGAGCAGUGUCACGUGACAGUAGCAGAAUCUCACACCCAGGAUGACAGAGUCAGAGACCGCUGGGCUACGCGUUAUACCUUGGCACUGCUUGGGUUCCUCGGUCUGAGCGCUGCCUAUUCCUUACGUGUAAACCUGGCCAUAGCUAUCGUCGCCAUGGUGGGUACGAGUGAAGGAAAAUUCUCAGCCAACUCUUCUCUCGACGUCUGUCCGCGGAAGGGGGGCGUAAAGGACCACGGGGCGAGAACCAUUGAGGGCGAGUUCGCCUGGGACGAGCAGACGCAGGGCCUCAUCCUCGGCUCCUUCUUCUACGGCUACGCGUGCACCAACCUCCUGGGCGGGCGGGCGGCGGAGUACCUCGGUGGGCGUCUGGUCUUCGGCCUGGGGACGUUGCUCUCUUCGACCAUCGCCCUCUUGACGCCCUUGUGUGCCAGGAUGUCCCAGGAAUUAUUUAUAGCGUCUAGGAUUCUUACGGGAGCCGCACAGGGCGUAACGGUUCCUGCGUUAUUUAUCCUCAUGGCCACCUGGUUCCCACCGGAGGAGAAAGCCAAGUUCGGAGCUUUCAUUAAAGGGGGCAUGCAGUUCGGAACGGUCGUGACAAUGGUCCUGGGUGGUUGGUUAUGUGGUUCAGACCAAGGAAACUGGCCCAUGACCUUCUACGUGUUCGGGGGCUUAGGGCUGGUCUGGGGCAUCCCCUGGUUCCUGCUGGUGCAUGAUAGACCUGAACAGCAUCCCCGUAUUUCCCAUGCAGAGCUGCAAUACAUCCAGGCGAACAUGCACGCAGUGAAGAAAGCAGAGGUGGUCUCCGUGCCCUGGAGAGCGAUGCUCACGUCAGCUCCCGUGUGGGCGUGCGUCGUCAUCGCCAGCGGCAGCAGCUUCGGCUUCCAGACUCUCCUCUCCGAAAUGCCGACCUACCUGGCCAACAUCCAGCACUUCGACAUGAACAGCAGUGGGUUGAUGUCCGCGCUGCCGUAUUUGUGCAUGUGGAUCUUCGGCCUCAGCUGGGGCGUCUGCAUGGACCGCCUCGCCGCUGCCGGGCUGCUCUCCGUGACGGCUGUGAGGAGGCUCUCCACUGGCUUCGCUCACUACGUGCCGGCGGUGGCUCUCGUCGUCAUGUGCUUCGUGGACUGCAACUCCACCCUGGCGAUGGUCGUGCUGUGCCUAGCGGUGGGUGCCUGCGGCAGCGCCUAUAGCGGCAACGCCCUCGCCGAGCAGGACAUCGCGCCCAACCUGACGGGGACGCUGAUGGGGAUCACCAACACCAUGGGCGCCGUCAUGGGGUUCAUCGCGCCCUCCGUCACGGGCGCCAUCACACAGGGAAGACAAGGUUCACUGGGUGCUUGGAGAACCGUCUUCCUGGUGUCGGCAGCGAACUACGUGGUCACAACCACCCUCUACAUGCUCACUAUGUCCGCGCAGGUCCAGCCUUGGAACCAUUCUCAGAAAUCCAGGGAUCGUCGUGAGGAUCCUGAAGGUGCCCCAGCCUUAGAAAAACUUAAGUCAUAACAAUUUGAAAAAAAAAAUUUUAGGAUCAGGCACAUAUCCUUCUAUUAUCGUUCUUCACAAAAUAGAACAUUCCGAGUAACGCUCAAUUCACUUCGGUUUCCGUGGCGUAUAUAAAACAUGAACGUACUAUGUCGAAAAUGAUGUCUUAGUUAUGACUUCACGAAGUUAUUUCAUAAUGACAUAUAUGUAUCUCCAUCCAUGUUUGCGUUAUGUGUUUAUUCACUUCAGGUGUAUAUUAUUUUCUCGCACCGAUCAAAAAGGACAAAAGGAAAGAAAGAAAGAAAGAACGACAAAAAGAUGUCCUUGACAAAGUAGCUAUAACUCACGACAGACUGACAGGUAAUCAUUAAAUAUUUAUGGGAGAGCUGAUGAUCAUUAUUAAAUUGUAACAAGCUAGUGAUCAUUAAUUAGACGUUGACAGAUUGUUGAUGACACCUUUAUUCUGACCUUACAAUAAGCUAAAUAUUGCCAACCUUUCCAGCUCUCGAUGAAAAAAAUCCUAUCGGUUUAAGAGGUUUAAAUCUCGAAUCACAUUUAAUCGGAAAAAAACUAUAUUGUCAGAAUCACAAAUGCAGUGUAAAAUCAUGAAAUGUAUUUCUUACCAUUACAGGCUAUCACAUCAGUAUUAUAUUCAGGUCUUUUUUACUAUUAUUUAUUAUUUAUCACGUGCCAUUGGUUUAUAAGUUACUGCUGUUUUAUUGAUUUAUCUUAUAACCUUUUUAUCCCGUAAUGAUAUUUAAUCUUAAUUAUUUUUAUCUUGAUUAUUUUUUCAGGUUAUUAUCCUAACCACAUGCGAGGUAUGAUAUUUUAUGAUUUAUUGUAUAAAUCGAUUAUUUAUAUAUAAACUUUA